GUGUGUGUCCAUGUUGCUUCCUCUCGCUCCUCCUUCCUCCUCCUCCUCCUCCUCCUCGCUUUCCUUCGGCUCACUCGGCUCGCUCGCUUGUCACUCAAAUCUUCCCCAGCUCUCAGCAUCUUUCGGAAUAUACUCCUCACGUUCAUCCCAGUGGACCCUCGCCACCCAGAGUCACCAUUCCCACCCCGGAGAGCUCCACGCUGGCAGCCCAGCCGCUUCCCCGGCUGAGCAUCGGGCGCAAGACGCUGGUGGCCACCGCCGUAGGGGUCAUGCUGGUGCUGGUCCUGGUGGUGCUCAUCCCCGUGCUGGUCAGCUCCGUCGGAGGGGGCGAGGACGGCGGCGGCAGGUUCGAGAUGCUGGGCAGCUGCCGGAUGGUGUGCGACCCCUUCCCGACGGCGGAGGAGCCGAUCACCGCCGAGCAACAGGUGGACGACCAAGCCGACACCGGCGACCGCGGCGUCGGGCCGCCGCUGCCCACUUUCGCCGCUCACGCUUCAGAGGGCAGACCCGGACGCCCUGGCAAGCCGGGCCCCCCGGGGCCUCCCGGAGAGCCGGGCCCGCCGGGACCCAAGGGUCCGCCCGGGGACGGCGUGGACGUGGUACGCACCGGGAUUCUACGCUUAGGGGGUACGGGCUCGGUGAGCACGGCCAUGUACAACACCACGCCCCGGGUGGCUUUCUACGCGGGGCUCCGGAACCCACAGGAAGGCUAUGACGUCCUGCGCUUCGAUGACGUGGUGACCAACAUCGGGGGGAAUUAUGACGGCGCCACGGGCAAGUUCACCUGCAAGAUUCCCGGCACCUACUUCUUCAUAUACAACGUUCUGAUGAGGGGAGGAGACGGCACCAGCAUGUGGGCCGACCUGCUCAAGAACGGUCUGGUCAGGGCGAGCGCCAUCGCUCAAGACCAGGACCAGAGUUACGACUACGCCAGCAACAGCGUCAUCGUGCACUUGGACGCCGGCGACGAAGUGUGCGUCAAACUGGACGGGGGCAAAGCGCACGGCGGCAACAGCAACAAGUACAGCACAUUCUCGGGAUUUAUCCUGUACGCCGACUGACGAGCGCCGGUCGAUGACUUGGGCCGGAAGUAAGGCCGGCUUUGGCUCCGGAAGUUGCGGAUCGGUGGCGAACGGUCUACCUCACCUCUUUACCUCCGCGUCGUCUCCGUGCUGACGUGACGUCACGAUGCGGAAGACGCACCGCCCGAUCACAUGUUUGUUGGUGUUCUUUGCUUUAUUCGUAGUCAGCUGUUGUGUUAAGACUUUUAAUUCAGCUGCCAAAAUGAGGGGAUUGCUUUGGGAGACGAUCAACGUGUUACAAUUUCACCUAUUCGUCGUUUUUUUUUUUUUGACGGGGGGAAAAAUGCCAAUUGGUGAAUUUGUCAAUAGUUGGGGGUUCACUGGGCACUUUCAAAUGUGAUUUGUGUUAGUGAAUUUUGUCAAUCCGAGUCGUGCGCAUGCAUCCCGGUGCCGGUGUGUGUCUGUUAAAACCCUUUCAAACUGUCGUGAUUCUUUCAUGUGAUGUGCCGGCAAUGACCAUCUUGCAUGCAAAAAUCCAUGAGCCCUCCGACGACGACUAAACAUGCAGAAAAUGUGUUCAAGCUUGCUCGCUUUGGAAUGGAAACCCCAUGGCUUUGUUUUUUUUCUCUCAUUAAAGAAAAAGUUCUUCACGUCAGCGGUGGUCUCUUGCUUUUUUUUU